UUGCUGAUCUUGCUCAUGGAGCAACUUUGUCCCAGAGGCUAAAUUUGGUCACAUGGUUUUGGUAACUCGAUGCUGUACAGACCAACACAGAGAGAGAACGAAGAAAACACAGCACAGGCCGCAUCUGAGCCAGUGACAUGGGAAAGUGGCAGGAAAUGACCAAGGAGGAGCUGGAUACUCAGUACUCCCCUAGCAAAUGGUCUCCACGACUAGGUGAAGAUGCUGUGAUUAAGGCUUUUGAACAGACAGUGAGUGAAGGUACCCAAAAGGCCCAGGCUGCCACCCAGACUCUGCUAAAUGUACCCUAUGGGUUGGGUGAGGGAGAGAAACUUGACGUGUACCUUCCUAAAGUGCAUUCUGAAACUUUUCCCCUGGUCCUCUUUAUCCAUGGUGGCUACUGGCAAUCCCUAAGCAAGGACAUUUCCGGCUUUGCUGCAGAGCCCCUCGUCACCCAUGGCAUUGCCUUGGCUGCCGUUGGCUAUGACGUGGCCCCCAAAGGCCAGCUGGAAGGGAUGGUCAAGCAGGUGCGAUGCAGUGUGGCCUUUGCAGUCCAGCAGUACACAGGGAUCAGUGGUGUUUAUCUGCUUGGACACUCAGCAGGGGCCCACCUGGCAGCCAUGGUGCUCUCCACAGAUUGGGCAGAAUUUGGUGUUGUGCCUAACAUCAAAGGAGCCUUUUUGGUGAGUGGCAUCUAUGACCUGGAGCCCAUCAUGCAUACCUAUGCCAAUGAUAUAUUGCGCAUGAGCUGGGAGGUGGCCCAAGAGAAUAGCCCUGUGCGAUGUGUGCCUAAGUUGGAGGGCAAGGGAAAUUGCCAGGUACUCAUCGCUGUGGCACAACAUGACUCGCCUGAGUUCCAUCGACAGUCCCAGGAGUAUUUUCAGGCUCUAGGUUCAGCUGGUUGGAGUGCCUCCUUGCUGGACAUUGGCAACACAGAUCACUUUGAUGUCGUUGAGAAGCUCAACCAGGAGGACUAUCUCCUCACACAGGUGAUUUUGAAAAUGAUUUUACGAGGCUGAUGAGUUGGAAAGGGAUGAAGCCCUCAGCCUGAUGUUCCCAUUUACAGUCAUGUGGAUCAUACAUUCCUCCUCCUCCUCCACGGUCGUUCUGUUAUGCUCUUUUAUUUGAAACUGGGAAUGGACUGCUUCUCUCCUUUCUCAACUACAAUUGUAUCCAGUUGAGAGACCGCUGUAGAAGAGAUGGGCUUGUUUCAAUGGAACUAUGAAACAAAUUCCUUUUGAUUGCUUUGGAGGGAAUUCUUUUGGAAGGAAACAUAUUUUCUUUCCCAUAGACUGCCUGACACAAGAGACUGUUCCCAUCUAUUCCUGUGAUAAGCUCCUUCCCUCACCACUAACUGAGAUGAGAACAUUAAAUAAAACCAGGGCAUAAAUGGCAACUGCAUUGUGUUUGUAAAUCACUUUCCCCCAGGAGAUGGUCUGAAAAUGAAUCUGAGGACAGGCAAGACGCAAUUGCUGCAUAAAUUGCCACUUUUCUUUAUUCUACUUGAGUGGUAAACUAAAGGUGGAUUUCUAUCACUCAGAGCAGUAGUUGAAGCUUUAUUUAAUGUUCUGGGUACACAGGAAAG